AGCUACACCCAUCAAUCCCAGUUAAAGUUGUUUUUGAUUAUAGGAGCAUUAAGCAACACAAGAAGAAAAGAAACAAAUGGUUCAAUCAACCAGCUGAUGCCACCGCCUUCUUCCCCAACACUCUCGCUAGAUUCGGGGAUCGCGCACUGGAGUGGAGUGGACACAAUACUCUCUCUCCCUCGCUCUCUAUCUACGCACGCGAAAAUCUCUCACACACUCACAGUACAACAAAACCAGGCUCAAGAAGCAUGGAGCUGCCACAGUUCAAUCCUCUCGCGAUGCUACGUCUACAUACUGUAGCCGUUGCCGUCGCCUUGCUGCUGCUGUCCUCCUCGGCCCCGACCUCCCAGCUCAGCCUCGGCGCCACAUUUGGAGUCUGGAUCAAUGGCGCCGCGCCGCCACAGUCGCCUCCCAGCUCGGCCUCGCUGGGGCCCUCGUCGACGCAGAUCCUAGGCGGCGGCGGGCAAGAAUACACGGCGCUGCAGGCGCUGAAGGCGGCCAUCUUUGAGGACCCCCGCGGCGCGCUGUCGUCCUGGCAGGGGCCAAAUGUCUGCGUCUACAAGGGCGUCUACUGCUCCUCGCCGCCCACUGGCGCCGGGGCGGCGGCGGGCGCGGUGGUCGCCGGCAUUGACCUCAACCAUGCGAGCCUCAAGGGCACGCUCCCAGCCGCCCUCUCCCUCCUCUCCCACCUCACGUUCCUCCACCUUAACAGCAACCGCCUCGCCGGCGCCGUUCCAGACACGCUCGGGGACCUGCAGUACCUCACCGAACUCGACCUGAGCAACAACCUGUUCUCCGGGCCCUUCCCCGCGGCCACAUUGCUCAUACCGUCGCUGAUCUACCUCGACCUGCGGUUCAACGGCUUCUCCGGCGAGCUACCUGACGAGGUCUUCGCCAAGAACUUGGACGCGCUCUUCCUCAACAACAACCAGUUCGAGGGCCAGAUCCCGGAGACGUUGUGGUCGUCACCGGCGACGGUGAUCACGCUGGCGAACAACCGCCUGACGGGGUCCGUCCCGAUGGCUUACGGCUACGGCGGCAGGGUCCGUGAGUUGCUGUUCCUCAACAACAAGCUGACCGGCUGCGUCCCGGAGGCCCUAGGGUUCCUGCCUUACAUCGAAGUGCUUGACCUCAGCAACAACUUACUGUCGGGCCACCUGCCCAGCACGCUGUCGUGCCUAUCCGGCAUCGAGGUGCUCAACAUCGCGCACAACCAGUUCACCGGCGACCUCCCGGAGCUGGUGUGCGACCUGAGGCGGAUCACGAACCUGUCCGUCUCCUUCAACUUCUUUUCCGGGAUCAGCCAGGAUUGCGACCGGCUGGCGGGCCGGAGCGUCUUUGACUUUGCGGGCAACUGCGUGCCGGGGCGCGGCAUGCAACGGCCGCAGCCCGAGUGCGACGACGCGCCGGGGGACGCCGGGCUCAGCUGCCUGCGCAUCCCGGGGUCGCGCCCUGUUGCGUGCGCCGAGGCCGCGGUGUCCAUCGGCAUCGGCGUCGGCGUCACCUUCGGGGGCGCGCUGCCGUUUGGGCUCUCCGGCGGCGGCGCCGGUGUCACGGUCACCGUCCCCUGAUCGUGCGAAGCGGGCCGGGGCAUGUACUUUUUUGGGGUUAAUUAAUUACCCUUCUUUCUUGGCAGAGGGCCUGGCUCAUUACGUGAUGGUGGUAAUCGGUUAGUUUUUGGCUGGUUAGUCCGUCCUGACAUGACAUCCUUGCAUGCCCAAUUUCUUUUAAACACGCAUAUGCCUAAUUAAUCGGGCAGGUGGUAAGCACAUGUAUACUACUACUACUAGUGUUCAGAGAGAGGGUCUGGUUUGGCAACACAUUUUUCUAAAACCCUAGUAAUCUGAAACCUAAUACUUCUACUUCA